UGUUAUGGUUAAGCCCAUUCCUGGAAGACUAUUAGACAAAGACUGUUCAGAUAUCUGCCAUCCAGACACACAAGUCAACUCUGCUGCAAGCGAUGCUUUGUGAAGGCAUAUUGCUGAGCAUGACCUAUGGUGCCGUGGAGGACUCCAACCCCCUCCCUGACCAAAACACCUUCCAUGCUGGUCCUCACCCCCCCAAACCCCUCAGACUGGGCCCCACCAGACCAGCUCCACUCGUCCACCACAGUUUCCUGGAGCAGGCCGGCAGCACAGGCAGCUCCAGCUCUUCAGAGUCGUCGUACAUUCCUCCGUUACAGUCCUCCAGUCUCCAGACCGCCAGACUGACCUCCCCUAAGAUCCAGAUCCCGGCCCAGGCCGGCUCGGGCGGGGGCGACUCCCCGUUCCUGGUCCCCUCCUUCUGCGAGAGCAUCUGCAAAAACUACAGCGACCUUCACAUCGGAGGCGAGCAGGUGCUGCCCCUCUCUGCCAACGACGGGGAGCUCCGGGUCGGUGCCGAGGCGCCGGCCGGCGGCCCCUUCCUCCAGUCCUGCGACGUCCCGGCAGACGUGGGGGAAUCUCUGCCGGGACGGGCCUUCCAGGGCGGGCCGGGCCCCCUGGGGGGCCCCCUGGGCGGGGCCUCGGCCCACUGGAGGCAGGCCAGCGGCCGCGACCGCAGCUUCCUGCUGCAGGGACGCGAAGGCCCGUUCUCCAACUCCCUCCUCAACCACUACCUGGAGCAGAAGCUGCUGGACCUGUACCAGCAGUACAUGAUGGAGAACAUGGGGAGGGAAGGGGCCGCCGGCUCGGAGUCCGGAAACAUCUGCCCCCUGCUGGGGUCGGAGCUGGUUCUGACCAGCCUGGACCAGAUCACCCUGCAGCUCAGCCGAGAGGGAAACCUGGAGGCCGGUCUGGCCAAGGACAUGGUGCUGAGCUGCCUGCUGCGGGUCGCCGGAGACAUGCACUCCAGUGAGAUCAGCACUCCGGUUCUGCAGAUUUCUAAUGAAGCAUCGACAGAGCAGCUCACAGCGAGUGAAGAGGAGUAGCAAGUAGGGCUGGGUUUAUAGUUUAUAGUUUAUAGUUAAGGCCCGAGCACUGACAGUCAAGGACCAAUGUCUGUGAGUUUGGAUUCGAUAUGUUGAUUCAUUUGUAAAACCUUUUAAAUCAAACUUUGUGAGAAGUUCUGACCAUCAACAGCUCAAAGAUGUAACAUGUAAAAUGUUUGGAAACUGCUAAUUAACCUCUGUGUAUCUUAAUAGCUUGUUUCCUUAUUUAAAAUAUUAAUGUUCAUGAAAUAACAAAAGUUAAAUGCAUUUGAGCAGAAGGAGAGAGCUUUCUCUCCUGCGUUACGGUAAAGUGUGAGCUGGCAUGAAAUGAAGGUGUUGCAAUGGAAGCAGCUAUAGUUUAAAUUCAACUGAAGAACUUUAAAGUUACUGUCUACGCGUCUGGAAAAGCACAAAACCCAACGGGAUCAUUUGUAAUCCUUCAUUCAAAUGCAACAAAUGAAUAAACAAACAGAUAAAUAAAUAAACUGACAGUGCGAAGGCCUUAUUGUAUCUGAAGGAAUUUUUAUUUAAAUUUUUUUCUCGUUUUUCUUCCGACGAAAUGAGGGCCUUUUUGCCCCCCUAAACGUGCCCCAAAAGUCACCAAAUUUUGCACACAAGCCAGGCCUGGCGAAAAAUGUGAUAUUUAAUGGUUUGCAUUUCUUCUGACAC